AGGAUGGCGUCCCGUGAGGACUACUUAGUUGGGUGGGUUUGCGCAUUGCCGGUAGAGGUUGCGGCGGCCAAAGCGACACUUGAUCACAUUCACGAUAACCUGCCUUCAUCACCUGAUCACAACUUGGACAACAGCAACAACUACAUUCUAGGGAGUCUUCAAGGGCACAAUGUCGUGAUCGCGUAUCCAAGUUCUGGCGUCUAUGGCCAAGUGUCGGUGGCGAGCGUGGCCACGCAGCUGCUCGCCAGCUUCAAAUCUCUCCGGUUCAUUCUUAUGGUUGGCAUUGCGGGAGGAGUUCCAGAAACCAGAGAGGAUAUUCGUCUCGGCGAUGUCGUUGUAAGCAAAUCGACAGCUGACUGGCCGGGUGUCAUUCAAUGCCAAUACGAUGUGAACGGGGAGCAAGUCGAUGAUCAAAAUCAGUUGGUUCGCGGCGGAGCGUCAAAUCAGCCGACACCAUUACUUCUCACAGCUAUGGGAAAGGCUGAGACAGCCGCCAUCUUUGAUGAGAGUCACAUGUCCAAGUACAUCUCUGAAAUUGUGCAGAAAGACCCCGUCGCCUUUGCUCAUCCGGGCCCAGGGCAAGACGUCCUCUUUGAGCCGGAUUAUCACCACACCGCCAUUGAGUCUGAAGAAGAUGGAUGCGAACAUUGCAAUCCAGAUAGGAUCCGGCCUCGGCAGCCACGGGAGACACAAGACCCUAUAGUUCAUUAUGGAUUGAUUGUCUCUGGUAAUUCUCUGAUACGCCACGGAGAGACUCGUGACCAGCUAGCACAGAAGCAAGGCGCUCUCUGUUUGGAGACGGAGGUGAACGGUUUGAAGGAUGCUGCCAAAUACUUGGUCAUUCGAGGGAUCUGCGACUAUGCGGAUUCGCACAGUUCCAAGCUCUGGCACGCCUAUGCCGCCGUCGCCGCAGCGGCAUAUGCAAAAGAGGUCCUUUCUUUCAUACCCACGGUUGUCAAGGCGACAACUCUGGCAACAAACACAUAUGCUGAGGCCGCGCCGGUUCUGGAUGCUUUGCUGCUCACCCGGCCCGAAGUUGAUCGAAAAUCCCUUAUUGCUUUGAAAGGGCGCAGAGUUGACGGCACCUGCGAGUGGCUUAUACAACACCCCAGCUAUCAGGGAUGGCUGGCAAACGCCAACCAACCACUUCUCUGGAUCUCAGGUGGCCCUGGAAAAGGGAAAACCAUGCUGUCAAUCUAUAUCACCGAAGUGCUACAGCCAAUUGUUGACGUUGGUGAAAAUGUUCUCCUUUAUUAUUUCUGUAGCAACCGUGAUAAGAGCCGGAACACAGCACUUACUAUAAUGAGAGGCAUCAUACAUCAAUGGAUCAGCCGCCAUCCACACCUGGCGCAACACGUCAGAAGUUCCUUCGAGGGCACUGAAACAACCAAAUAUACCGUUUCCAGCUUCGUCUCCUUGUGGAGGGUAUUUCUUACCCUGCUUCGACAGAGCGGGUCUUCCCAGGUAGUCUGUGUGCUGGAUGGUUUGGAUGAAUGUGAAAAGGAAUCGCUCGGACAGCUUCUCGAUGCCAUUGGAACCUACCUAUCGACCUCUGAGGAAAAAGAAAGGCCACGACUGAAGCUCAUUCUUCUCUCCCGACCCCAGCCAGCCAUUUUGGAGAGAUCGCUUGGCCAAUAUGAACAGAUCAGGUUGGACGCUUCCGGUACAGAGAUUUCGCGUGAUAUAGAAACGUACAUCUUCGCCAAAGUUGCCGAACUGGCAUACGACCAAAACCUCUCGGAAGAACAGAUUGCCCAAGUUCAACGGGCAUUGUUGGCUGGCGCUGAUGGCACAUUUUUGUGGGUUGGAUUCGUUGCCAAUGAGCUUCAGGGCAGGAGUUGGGACAAAAUGAAUGAGAUUCUCCAUCGUGUUCCUAAAGGUCUUGGUGGUGUCUACCAGCGGCUUCUUCAGCAAAUUGAGGACAAGGAUGCGCUGGUCCCCAUUCUUCAAUGGGUUGUUCUCGCUGCCCGGCCUCUCACACUAGAUGAGUUGACGGCGGCCACCGGGAUCAAGGGAUCUGGGAACUUUUCGGCAACGGACGUGAUCAGGAAUCGGCUCAGGCUCUGCGGACUAAUGGUGAAAAUCCAAGGAAAUGUAGUCAAUCUGGUCCACGAAUCGGCAAAGGAGUUUUUCCAGAGCAAUCAAGUCAACAUUAAGGGGAUCAGCAGGUUCCGCAUGAACCACGACACUCAUAGAAGUCUUAUGCGGACCUGUCUAGAACACGUUGAACGUGCUUGGGCCAAGCUGCUGAUCAAGGAGAGUUCUCGUGCCAUAUCGCGAAAGGACAAUUACGGCCGGACGCCGCUUUCGUGGGCCGUCAACAGAGGCCACCGAGAUAUGGUCGAAUUACUGCUUGACCAUGGUGCUCGUAUUAACGUCAAAGAUCGGAGCGAUUUGACGGCACUCCAUGUGGCGGUCACUGGACAGCACAAGGAGAUUGUGUCUGUGCUGAUCGACCGAGGUGCCCGUCUCGAGAGUAAAUCCGAGCAUGGCGACACACCCCUGAUUCGAGCCAUUCAAGCGAACUCGAGGGAAAUCAUCCAAAUAUUGCUUGAGCGUGGAGCGCGCGUCAACAAAUUGCCAACUCCUCCAGGAGUCGCAUCCCUGAGACCACCUACAGACCCAAUGGAAGAGCGGGUAAAGGAGCUAUUGACGCUUCAAGAACCAAUUUUCCUUGCAAGAUACAACAAGGCAUCGCGAAAUGUUGGCAUGGUUAUGAAAGCCCUAGGCCUUUCGUUCCGCUUCCCCAUCAUUCUUAGAUUAAUGACACUAUAUCUGAAGUUUAUAGCGUUCGACCGCUGGGAACACAUGUCUGUACUACAAGAGCUCGUUGACGAGAAUAGAACGGACGAACUGCGAGAAUGGGCCGAACAGUAUCGCGAGUUCUUCGUCCAGCUGGUUGUUGCCAGGAAUCCUAGAAGACUGACGGCCAUGACCGACUUACCGACGCAGAUAUUUCGGGCCGUCGCUCCUGGAGAUCUUCACGCAUUGCUGGCAAUUGCGGUCCUCGUCGGUUCGGAAACUAAACUUGCAGCCAAUCGACAAGGAUGGAGAGAAGGGGAUUUCAUCACAGCUAGGGCAUUCUCACAUUGGGCCGCCGUUGCCUAUGACAGAGAUGCAGAGGAGUACCUGCACUAUGGUGUUCGCGAGUUCUUGAACGAUUUCGAUGCUUGUAUUCAAAGUGGAAACCGAGAAGAUAACGUGCAUCGUUCGGCGUUACUCUUGACCUGCCAGUUUGGUAUGCUCGAUAACAAAGAGCCGAAACCAAUCGAUUACUUUGCUAGGGUCAUUGCAGAAUUCUACGAGGGAUAUAUUGGCAGCGGCCAAGAAGUUGACUUGUUCAGUGACCUGAAUCAGGCAUGCGCCAAUGAGCUCAUGGUCAUCAGCCAAACCAAAGACUCUCACAGGCUAUCUCUCUUCCUCACGAGUAUUGUCCAAUUUGCUCAGCGUUCUCAAGACAAGGGACUAGACCGUUUUCUUAACAUACCCUCCGCAUCAUGCUUGAUUCUCUGCCAGGAGAAUGCCGCUGCCCACCGGUGGUUGAUUGGCGAGGCAAUCCCGGAGGCAUUCAGUGCCUUGAUAGCACAACAACCACCUGGAUCGCUUCAGAAGAGGGCGUGCAAAACCCUUGUGGAAUGUCUGAUCAUUGCAAAGCAGUAUGGGUUGGCACUGCCUGCGGCGGAACUGAAGCAAAGAGUGAAGCAGCACCUGCACGAAUUGCCGGGAGUCGAAAAUAUGAUAAAGGGGAUUAUUGGUUUAUGAAGUAAUGCUGCACGGCUUUCUUGGUAGAGGAGUGGGCAGCGCAGAGUGAGAACUAAGUACAUGUAAUGAAGAGUGCCUGUAGCUGGGUCUACGUUUGGAAUCGAUUUUGGGUAUUUUUGGGCAGAUUGAUACAACUUUUGAGCGUCCUUUUACGUUAAUGAUACCUAUAUCUAUCGUUUAGUUUUCGUCAAUUAAUCACAAGUACAUGUAGUCAAAUAAAG